CCGGAAAUCGCCGAAGAGGAAAACUGCACCAACUUUAAAAGUUGAAAACUUUACGAAAACUCGUUUUAGACUGAUUUCCACGGAUACAAUCACUGGCCAUACUAUCCACCAUGUCACACUUCCAAUUGGACAGUGCCAUACAGGACUCUGUUAGGAUGGAUGCUCCUAUACAGAAAGGUCCAAUGAUGCGGUGGCAACGUAAAGCACUGGAGUCUGGAGUGAGAACUCUUUCCUUAAGUGAUGCAGUGAAUGAUUCAAGGGGUCUGUCACCACGUAGACCAAAGUCGGCCAACCCUCUAACAAUGAAGCUAACUCCAAAUAAAAAGACCCCAAAUACACCAACAAGUGCUCGACCAUCAAAGACCCCUUCUAAAACUCCAACAAGCAAGUUCCGCCUGAGAGGAAAGACUCCGAAUAAGAACACCCCAACAAGCAAACCUGGAGCACAGGGUGCCUCAGACAGAUUCAUACCUAACAGAACCACAACAGAGAUGGACAUCAGUCACUACAGGCUGCUAAACAAUGAAGAAAAUGAAGACCCCUUGAGUCCUAAUAAAAUUGAAUAUCAACGCAAACUUGAUGAGAAUGUUGGAGAACAAAAUGCUAAAAUCCUAUCAUUCAAACAAAAAGCUCCACAGGCAAAAGAGGGCCACAUCAGCAGUUUGAAGGUUCUGUACAGUGCAGCAAAGACAACAGCCCCCAAGAGCACAUCUACCAGAUUCAUUCCCCAACAAGCUGAGAGAGUGCUAGAUGCCCCUGAACUACUCAAUGAUUACUAUCUGAACCUGCUACAUUGGUCUGCCAACAACCACCUUGUCGUGGCCCUAGGGGGCGCUGUCUACAUCUGGGAUGCAUCUGAUGGAAGUAUAUCGCAACUGUUUGAAAUUGAGAAUCAGGAUGAAUACGUCUCAUCCGUGCAAUGGAUCAAAGAAGGCAAUAUAUUGGCUGUUGGUAUUAGCACAGGUGCUGUACAGCUAUGGGAUGUAGGUGCUCAGAAGUUGGUGAGAACAAUGACAGGGCAUGCAGCAAGAGUGGGAAGUUUAGCAUGGAAUGCUUACAUACUGUCGAGUGGCUGCCGAUCAGGUGCAAUACAUCACCAUGACGUCAGGGUUGCUAACCACCAUAUUGGAACACUGGCCAAUCACAGCCAGGAGGUGUGUGGUCUUGCUUGGUCACCUGAUGGCCGCCAUCUUGGCAGUGGUGGUAAUGAUAACUUGGUGAAUAUAUGGGGAGCUACCAUGCAAGAAUCCGCAUCCCCAAUACAUACCUUCACUCAACACCUGGCAGCUGUCAAGGCACUGUCAUGGUGUCCAUGGCAACCAUCUCUCCUAGCAACUGGAGGUGGUACAGCUGAUCGCUGCAUCAAUUUCUGGAACAUCACAACUGGGUCAAUGUUGGCCAGUACAGAUACAAACUCUCAGGUGUGUUCUAUAGUGUGGAACAAGGACUACAAAGAGUUGCUCUCAGGCCAUGGUUUCUCACAGAAUCAGCUUACUAUAUGGAAGUACCCUUCUAUGGUCAGAGUAGCAGAGUUAACAGGUCAUUCUGCACGUGUUCUCUCUCUGGCUCUAUCACCAGAUGGCACCACUGUUGCUAGUGCUGCAGCAGAUGAGACAAUUCGUUUGUGGAAAUGUUUUGCUGUCGAUAAAACCAAGAAGUCUGUGUGUGGAAAAGUGAAAGACUCUGGACAUAUGGGGAAGGCCAUGUUGAUGAGAGGAUCAAUCAGAUGAUAAUAUGUACUCUCUGGUGAAAGUUUACACUAAGUGAUCUCAGGAAUAUGAAUGAAGCAAAGACAGACAUGGACAGUUUAAUGUCUUCUAGCAAAAUGAUCUCACUUAAAAUCCGGAAAGUGCAAAUUAAUUGUUUAAUCCUAAUUCUACUUUUAUUUAAAAAAGGAAAUGGAUAUUAUUUCAUAACAUUUCAGUAGUCUAGCCACAUGCCCUUGUGACCCCCUCCACUAGAACAUUUCUGUGAGCCAGUUUUAACCUUACCUGUCUCAUGCAUGGCUGUGCUUAGACUAUAUACAUGAUAGAUAAAUGAAUGCAAAGGUAUGAGAGCAAGGUUUUGAGACUAUAUUAUUACUGAUAAAAUUACAAAAAUGACAUUUCAAAUCAAUGCAAAUUACAUUUCUAUAGUCACCAAUGCAGUAUUACAGUGUUAUGUGUGAUUCUAAACAAAAUGGCAGGACAAUGGACACAAAAAAUUGAAAUCAUGGUCAGAUUUUUAUGAUCCACCAGUAUUACUAAUUUAAAAGAAAAUUUGCUUUCAUCAUAUUUAUUUUGUAUUUUGUACUGGCUUGGUUUAGAAUCAGUUUGCAGUGUGUUGACUAUACAAAUUCCGUAGGUGCUAUUUCACAAACCAUUUAUUUAUAUUUGUUUGAAAUA